CGUACGGGGGGGGUGGGGGGGUGGAGGUAGCGGGUAGGAGAAAACAUACCCGAGUUCUCUCAUAAUCAACACGACUGUGAACAAGUGAACAGAUCGGAGGUAUGGCUAACGCAAGGGUCAUGAGGGCCUUCUUGGUCCUCCUGCUGACAGCGCUGACGAAAGCGGAGCUGACGCAGCUGGUCAUUGGCGAGGAAAUCAUCGUUUCCUAUAAUGGGCAUGAGAUCUUCCACCACACGCGGGAGAACCCAGUCAUCACCUUUGGCGUGGGGACAGCCAACUACACAGAGGACCACGGUAUGUUCGACAUCCAGGAGGAAAUUCUCGAGGUCGUCCCCAUGGAUCGAAUCGUCAUGGCUUCGAACAGGACGGGAAGUGUUCGAAUCACGCUGGGUUCCUAUGCUGAUCCCGAGGUCGAGAUACGUUUGACCGCCGACACGUAUGUCUUCGGCUACGUCGGGAUAUUUAACAAUCUCAUGACAGACAGUCCUUACAACCGUAUGUGGCUCAGGCUCUCUGCUGACGAGGACGAGAAGGUCUAUGGAGGAGGCGAGCAGUACACGUAUCUUAACCUCCGCGGUCGCCACUAUCCCAUCUGGACGAGUGAGCAAGGUAUCGGUCGCGAUGGAGGAAUUAUCGCCAACAUCACCGACAUCGAGGGUGAUGCUGGAGGAGAGUACUACACCACUUACUGGCCCGAACCCUCUUUUGUCUCCUCGAAGCGCUAUUCCGUUAUUUUCGAUCGCUACGAUUACAUGGUCAUGAACUUCAGUCAGCCAAAUUACCACGAGUUCUACAUUCAUAGCGAGUCGUUCUUGCUCGAAAUGUACUUCAAUGAUACGAUGAUGAACCUUAUACCGAGCAAGGUUCAUUAUGCUCCCACUCUCCCUGACUGGAUCAUCACGGGACCAUCUUGAGUCUGCAGAGGGGAACGCAGGAGGUCCUCGACUACUACGAGAUGGCCAAGGGCGCGGGCGUGAACGUGAGCGCCCUCUGGAUCCAGGACUG